UGGAUUUUGUUGGUUAUUUCCAUGUUUUGCGUCACACGUUGAAAGCUGGACUAAAGGUGAACUAUUGGUGUGAUUGUACAGAUUGCGUAGAUAAUGUUCUUGUGUUAACGAUAUCGGUGAAGGUCCUUCCUGAGUUAUAUGUUGAUUACGCGUGUGGUUAAUCAGCCUGUUUAUCAACGUCGAGGGUGCUCAGCAAUUGGACGUGUUUUCAUAUAGUUAUUUUCGAGGUUGCUCUUCAUGAUUGUCGGUUGGAAAGAGAGUGACCAAUAUGGACCCACAAAGCUCAACAAAUCGCAAUGUGGACUACUACAUGAGUAACAUAGGAUCCGGUGCCCAUGGAGAGGAAUACCAACGAGAUGUGGCCCUUUUGAUGCUUGAGCGUGCGACCCGAGCAAAGAAUGAUUUCAAGUUGGCCUACGAAAUGUCUGAUGCCGGAAAGUUCGACGAUGUAGCAUUGUACGACGAAAACAAAAAGGAAUGGAUACUGAUACAAACGAAACAUGCUGAUACGGUAAACGGGCCACCGAAAUCCAUCGAUUGGGCAACGUUAUUUCCGGAGAACAAUAACGAGCGAGAAAAAUCGGAUUUUUCUCUGUUCAAGUAUUUGAGAUCAUACUUAGAAAUUCAAAACCGUUUCAGUGGUUCAAAAAAGUGCUAUAUUUUCACCAACCGGACAUUGAACAAAGCAAUACAAGAUAAUUUUCUAUAUUGCGAGGCACAUCAAAUGCUACGCAUGUCGAAUUAUGAAGCUAAACACUUCCAGCUUAAGUCAACCAACAACAUUGUCAAUAAACUGCACGAUUACAUCAAUCAGGAUUUUGAGACCCUGAUAAAAGCAAUUAUAGAACUUUUCAACGGUGGACACGCAGAUUCAAUUUUAAAUCAUUACAAAUCACCUCUUGCAAAUGUGUUGUCUAUACGGAAAGGAGUUCUGAAGUUCCAUGAAAAGUUCGCAGCGAAUGACCCGGAUUCAAACACUAGAUGCUUGUACGAUUCACUGCAGGCGAAGCAGAUCAUCGGAAAGGAACGACAUAAUAUCAGCAAAGACAUCACGAAGGUCCUAACCGGUCAAUCAAGGAUCAAAAAAUUGCCUUUAUGCGUAGAAAGAACUCAAGUUGAGGAUUUCAUACACAAUUUGGUGCUAUCUGUCGGGCAACCGGAUAAUCUUCGGAGCAUCAUCGAACGAGAUAUUCGAGUUUGGAUAAAAACUUGGAUACGACCAGACGACUUUGGCAGACUGACUGAAACACAGGUGUCCCUUUUGGCAACGAAAUUUAAUGACUUAUGUGAUUUUAACAGAACCACUGGUGAGAACCAGAAACAAAUGAAAAAGUAUUUCAAAGUAGACGAUGGAGAAAGUUUUUUUGAAAAAAUUAAAAACGAGCUAAUACAGCAAAUAAGAAAUCAAUCUGGUCAGCGUUGGGAAGAAUUUGAAAGGCGCUACGUAAACCGUCAAAUCGUUUACACCGAACAGAACGGGAUAGAUAGUGAACCUGAAGAAUCAGGUGGAACCACCAAUUUCAAAAUAGACAAACAGCCGUUACUAAAAGAAGCGCAGGUUAAGAUAACCGAUCGAGAAUUUGCCAAUCAAAUGAUGAACAAAUUUUCGAAACAGCAAUGUUUGAUUUUUAUCGCUGAGCCGGGCAUGGGAAAGACAACCCUACUGCAGUUCAUUUCGUUUCAAGUUCAGCAGGAAGAUAAUUGUCACGUAUUUCUAAUAUACCUCAACAGUGUGCAAAAGUAUUUGAAAGAAGUCAAAGGCAUAUCUGAUUUGGAUAAAGCUCUAAAUGUAUUGCGGGAUGCAAUUUCGGAAAGUAAUCGUAACAUUAUCAAAGUGGCUGCCACCGAUGGAGAUGGCGGAAUGAACAGUGAUCGAAUUGUGAUAUUUUGUGAUGGAUUCGACGAGGUUCAUCCCAAACAAGCCGAGCAAAUGAUUCAGGUUAUGAAGCAACUGAUGUCUGUAAAAUGUGUUCAAAUAGUAAUCAGUGGUAGAAGACAUGUGAAAGAAUCGCUUGAAAAAAGCUUUGCCGUUAAGUCAAUGAGAAUAGUUCCGCUUGGGUUUGUAGAUCAGGUUGAGCUCUUUCUGAAAUUUAGGAACGUUGAUGCUAAUGAAGCAACCAAAUGCAACUCGUUGGUAACUUCAUUCCUAAAACACUAUGAGGACAUUAAUCGCUCUCAGUGCGAUUCUACCGGUUCACCUCUCAUUAUUAGGAUAUUAGGUGAAGUGUAUUCAGAGCAAUUGAUAAUGAAACCUGAUUGUGAUGAAGAUGGUAGUCUGUUGCCUCCAAAAACACUUGACAUUGUAGAUUUAUUUGAAAAGUUUGUUAGAAAAUGCUUUUAUGCUAAAAUGAGCAAAAAGCUCAAUAUUACAAUUAAUGACGAUUAUAGUGAUGAUGAAUACGAUUCCUGGUACGAUACAUUUAUAUUGGAACAUCAAUCAUUGGCAGUGAUGCAGCUUGAAAUUGUGGAUAUACAGGAAUAUCCCAAAAUCUUAGCCGACACUUACCAAACGUUUAAAACACGAAUCAAUAAAGGAUCUGACAAGUCCCUGCUCGUUGAAUAUGUUGAAGGCAAGAUUCAGUUUACCCACUUGUCGUUUGCAGAAUACUUUGUAGCCAAACUACUGAUUGAGCGUGUUGUGAAAUUUUCAUCCAAGUUGCAUGCGGUUUUUGAGCAAAAUCCUGGCAUCAGGAAAUUUUUCUUCACAAUGGUGGAAAAAUGGCAGGCAACAGAAGAAUCCGACCAUUUCAUGAUAUUGAACACACACCAAAAUGGGGAAAAUGAGGCUCCUACAGAUAACGUUAUGGCCUUAUAUGCUUGUGAGGCAAACUGCAUAAAUCUGGUGAAACUUUUGUCGAAAGAUCAUGAUCUGAAAAGCUUGAAGCAUAACAAAAUGGGGUCCAUGCUGCAUGUUGGUGUAGAAAAUAAUUGCACUGAAAUAUGCAAAUUUUUAAUCACAGAAUGUGGCUCUGAAGUUGACUACGUGAAUGAAAAUGGUAAGUCACUAUUGUUUAUAGCUUCCGAAUGGGGUUAUGGCGAUAUUGCAGAGCUCCUGAUCGACAAAUGUGUUGCAGUAAAUCAGUUGAGUCUUCAUCAUGUAACAAUUAUAGGCGAUACAUUCGACAAAACCGAGAAGCAAGACAAAUGGGCACCACUUCAUAUUGCAUCUUUCAAUGGUCAUGUGCCGGUCUGCCAAUUAUUGAUUGGUGGUGGUGCUUUGAUAGACAUUCAACAGUCAGAUGGAUUGACGCCUCUUUACUUGGCAACUCAAAACGGCCAUACUGAUGUUGUCAAAUUACUCAUUGAGAAGGGCGCUUUGGUCAACAUCCAGGGACAAAUAGGAAGUGCGCCCAUUCACAUGGCAGCUUCAUUAGGUUAUGCCGAUAUUGUUGCAUUGUUUAUCACUGAAGGUGCCUCAGUCGACACGCAGGAUCAAAAUGAAUGGACGCCAAUUCACUUUGCAGCUCAAAAUGGUCACAUUCAUAUCGUUCAGCUAUUGAGCGACCAUAAUGCCCAGGUGGAUGGUAAGACAGACAACGGAAUUACGUCACUACAUAUGGCAGCUCAAAACGAUCAUGCUGAUGUUGCAAAGCUUUUAAUCGGUAGAAAGGCUUCAGUUGACGCCCAAAAGGCAAACAAGUGGACAACACUUCACAUGGUAGCUCAAUAUGGUUUUCUUGAUAUAGUCAAGCUAAUGAUUGAAUCUAAUGCCAAAGUUGAUAUCAAAAACGAUGACGGAAACAUACCUCUGCAUGUGGCAGCAAUAAAUGGACACACGAAUGUUGCAUUUCUAUUGAUAGAAUGCGCACCAUUAACGAUCAAUAUCAAGAACGAUGAUGGCCAAACACCUCUUCACAUCGCAGCUGAUAAAGGGCAUUUGAAAGUCACGGAACUGUUGAUUAAUAACGGGGCUGCAUUAGACAUCAGGGAUAAAAAUGAAUGGACUCCGCUUUACUUUGCAGUUCAGAAUAACCACGCUAAACUUGCCCAGUUAUUGCUAGAUUAUAAUGCAAUGGUAGAUGUUAGAACUAAAAAUGGAACAACACCACUUCACAUUGCAGCAUUCAAUGGCCAUUUCGAGGUUGCCAAAGUGAUGGUAGAACAUCAGCGGCCAGUGGUGAACAUCCAAAAUAAGGCUGGAGCUACACCGCUUCACCUGGCUGUAGUCAAAGAUCAUGCCUUGGUCGCUAAACUACUGAUCAAUCAUGGUGCGUUGGUAGACGUUCAAGGACCAAAUGACAACACAUCGCUUUUCAUUGCAGCUAUGUAUGGCUAUCCUGAACUCGUUGAACUGUUAAGCGACCAUGAUUCCAAUACAAAUAUAAAAAACAACGAAGGUAUGACACCACUUUAUAUUGCAGCUCAAAACGGUUUCACGCUUAUCGUUGAGCAAUUGAUCAGUAAAGGUGCCAUGGUAGAUAUACAGAAGCCAAAUGGGUGGACGCCUCUUCAAAUUGCAUGUAAAAACAAUAGGAGUGAUGUUGUCUCAUUAUUGAUCAAAUCUAGGGCCCUAGUGAAUAAAACAAACAACGAUGGUUUAUCAGCACUUCAUAUUGCAGCUGCCGCAGGUCACAUUGAUGUCGUUGAACUACUGAUCAAAUCUAAUGCCUUGAUUUAUACAAAGGACAAAGAAGGAUAUACACCACUGUACUAUGCAGUCCAGGAAGGGCAUGCUAAUAUCGUCCACUUACUGGUCAAAGUUGGUGCCAAAGUGAACAUUAGGACAAAAGAUGGCUUCACAUCACUUUACAUUGCGGCUCUAUUUGAUCAUGUUGAUGUUGCAAAGUAUUUGAUAGAACAUGGAGCUUUAGUAAACAUUCAGCACAACACACCCCUUCACAUAGCAGCCCAAAAUGGCCAUAUUGAUAUAGUCAAUCUGUUGAUUGAGUCUGAAGCUAUGAUCGAAAUAAAAAAUGAGGCCGGGCUAACUCCUCUUCAAUUUGCUUCCCUUAAAGGUCAUGUCAACAUCGUGAAGUGUUUAAUCAAUAAGGGUGCACUGGUAUAUUUACAGGAGCCUAGCGGAUGGACGCCACUUCACAUGGCAGCUCAAAAUGGUCAUUUGGAUGUCGUACAACACUUGAUCGAUUCGGGCGCUAGAGUGGAUAUCAUGGAAAAGAAAAGACACACAGCACUUUACGUGGCAGCAGAAAAUGGUAAAAUUGAGAUUGUCAAACUAUUGAUCGCUUCUGGUGCUGCGGUGAAUGUGAAGGAUAAAGAUGGUACCACACCACUUUACAUUGCGGCUCGAAAUGGUCAUGGUGAUGUUGCAAAGUAUUUGAUAGAACAAGGAGCUUUAGUAAACAUCCAGGACAAGCUUGGUGUGUCACCCCUUGACAUUGCGGCUCAAAAUGGUCAUGGUGAUGUUGUAAAGUAUUUGAUAGAACAAGGAGCUUUAGUAAACAUCCAGGGCAAGCUUGGUGUGUCACUUCUUGACAUAGCGGCAGCAAAUGGUCAUGUUGAUGUCGUCAAGCUCCUCAUCACAUCCGAUGCGACUACACUGGACAUUCAGCGCAAAUACAGUAUAAGAGCAUGCCUUUUUGCAAUCAAAUACGGGCAUUUAAAUUUCGCUAAACUUUUGAUUGAAGGAAACCCUUCGAAAGACACACAGAAUUGAUGUCAGUUGAAUUCACAUUUGCCAAUAAAAUCUUGUCAGCAAGGUAGACACUUAGAUUUUGUUUGCCGAGAUGGGCACCACCGAGCAACUCGGCAUUUUAUUUUGCUGGAUCUCAGUGGAAAACUUGCCGAGAUUCAGCUAACAAACGGGAAUUUUGCCGAGAUCUCAGCUAAAAAACAUAAAUUUUGCUGAAUCUCGGCAAAUUAUUCACUGAGAUCCAGUUAAAUAAAAUGCCGAGCUGCUCGGUGGUGCCCAUCUCGGCAAAAAAAAUCUAAGGUUGUAGGUUUCUUUUUUUUUUGGCAUAGAACGAUCCAGCAAUUAUCUGUCUAAUGAGCAAACGAUUUGGCACGACCCGCUCCAAUUUUGAUCAAACUUUCAACGUGUCUUCAGUAUGGGAGAUUAUGAUUUCUCCACAGAUCACGAGACAUUUUGACGUAGGACUACGUUAUGAAAGAUUUUGAACAUUAAUAACUCAGCUGCCCCUGUAUCAAUUUCAAUAAUUUUUAUCACCAACCGAUCAGAAAUAUGUCUACGCAAUGCUUCCAAUUGAUGAUUUUCAACAAGAAACUAUUUAAAAAGUUGUAAUGUCAAGCAUUAUCCAAAAUAAAUAGUGAUAAUUUUUUCACUGUUUUCAUGAAAUAAACGUUGUUCCCAAACGCAGUCGUCAUAAUCGAGUACCAAGAUGGGAUAUGACAGGUGGGCAGGAACUCACGGUCUUCCAGUGUUGGUGAGUUCUUUGCCGUUAAUGUUCACGAAAA